UUUGGGGAGCUGGAAAACCCUAGUGAUGGUUGUUAACUGAUUAAAGAUGAAGCUCGCGCAGGUCUCUUCGUCUCAGUCGAGAGCUUCGGUUUUCUCUCUACAUGGAGUGCCCAAGUUGCCAUCUUCUUCCUUCGGAGCUCGUAAAGUCGUUGCCUUUGAUUCAGUAUGUGGCUUUUGUAGAGGACGUAGUCGGAACAAAGUACCUGCCGGUGGCAUUGGUGCAUUAGCAAUGAGAAAUUCCUGCUGCAGUGGAUUCUGCAGCUUACGUCGUAACACAAUAGAAAUGGUGUCGUUGAGAAAGAUGCGUGGAAAGAUAUUUAUGAGGGCCUUUUCGACGUGCUCCUCACCGUUGAUAUCUACGAGUUUUUCUAUGGUGAUGCGUUCCCAAUCAGCACUUGCGUUGGUUACCCGGGUUGUGCUGUCUGAUGCUCCCCAGCGUUCGGACGAGUGGUUUGCCUUGCGGCAAAACAAACUGACUACAAGCACCUUCAGCACUGCCUUGGGGUUUUGGAAAGGAACCCGUCGACCUGAGCUAUGGCAUGAGAAGGUGUUUGAUUCAAAGAAAGAUUUCGAGCAAGCUUCUAAGAAUGCCAUGCAGUGGGGUGUGGUUAAUGAAGAGGUGGCCAUAGAGCGGUACAAAAGGAUAACUGGUCGUGAAGUUGGUACAUAUGGAUUUGCAUCCCAUGGAGAAGAGCAGUUUGAUUGGCUUGGUGCCUCCCCUGAUGGUCUGCUUGAUUGCUUUCAAGGUGGUGGCAUCCUGGAAGUGAAGUGUCCUUAUAACAAGGGAAAACCAGAGCAGGGUCUGCCCUGGUCAACGAUGCCCUUCUAUUACAUGCCUCAGGUGCAGGGUCAAAUGGAGAUAAUGGAUAGAGAUUGGGUUGAUUUAUAUUGCUGGAUGCCAAAUGGAAGCACAAUAUUCCGCGUAUGCAGAGACCGUAGUUAUUGGGACUUGAUGCAUGAAAUUCUAAGGGAAUUUUGGUGGGAAAAUGUGAUUCCUGCAAAGGAGGCUCUUUUGCUGGGAAAUGAAGAAAAGGUCAGGGAAUAUAAACCGACUUCUACUCACAAAAAAACUGGCCUUGCAAUUGUUAAGAGUCUGGAGUUAGCAAGAGAAUCAAAGUUGCUGUGUAGGGAGAUUGCUGGUCACAUCGAGUUUUACUAACUACCACUCUACUGGCAAAAGGGUGAGGAACCCUCAUUUUGUAUGUGUCAUUUGAAUUAUAUUAUACAUCGGUGGCAAUUGAUUAGAUGAUUUAGACCUUAUCUUAUAGUUUUUAUUGUUCAAAAUUUUCAAUUAAUUAA